CGCAGCGUAGAGGACGAAAAUGGGGGGGAAGAGAGUUCCCGACGAGGACUGACUUUUAAGUAACCCCCCCCCCCCUGCUUUAGUGGUCAGCGUGUCUGGCGGAAAGGAAAAGGAAAGGCGAUAUAGGGGGAAGACGUGGUAGAGGAUCUUCGUCUUGAGGUUGCGGUAGGACGAUAGCGAAACGGAUAUCUUGCGCGCAAUAAAAGGCUCCGUGUGUUAACCGGACGUUGACGUUUCAGCGCUCCGUUGUUUUGGUCGGCGUUUUGUUUAAAUCGGCGUGCUCGGAAUAACCCUUUAGGCCUUGGGCCAGCCUGCUCCACAAAUACGUGGUUGGCAGAUAGAAAGCGGUGAUAUAGCCGGACAAUAAACUGACAAGCCAUUUUUACGGGGCUGUGUAUUUAACCCCCGCUGGGUUCUGCAGUGGGAUAUAGAUAUAUAUGUGUGUGUGUGUAUAAGCUGUUUUUGGUAGCUAUUUGUGCUAAACAUCGAGCGUGGUCCCUCAGUCAAAUAGCUCGAUUAGAUUACCACCACAUUUCUCAAUAAAGCCACCCGUUGACUCACGAGCCGGCCUAGUUAAAGAAAACACAGUAGUCAGUCUUAACGAGGCGUUGUUGCGGGAAAACGCGCAUCCGUUUCUGUUUGGUUUGAUUUUCCACCCGCAGAGAAGAAUCGUCCAUAGGCCGGCGCAAAAGAGGUGGACAAGAAUAGGUGACAAAAAAAAAAAUUUUUUUUUACACCCCCCCCCCAAUCACCUCCACCCCCACCACCUCCUAUCUAGAGACAGCGGGCAUAAGGAGAUUUUUAAAUGUUAAUGUCGACCGACGUUGCAUCAAUCAUGCUGCCUGUGUCCCGGGGUCUAAUGGACCGGGAGAGGGAGCUGGACGCGAUGGCCGGAGUUCACCCCAACCCGAACGGCGCCCCUGCCGCUGUGCGGGGGAUGAAGCGAGGAGACCCGGAGCCCGACGCGCAGACGUCGGCCGCGCUGGUGGAGUCGGCUGGCGCCGAGUGCAAGCGGCCCCGCAUCGACGGCGCCGGAGGCAUCGCCGAAGUUGGUCAGAACAAUGACCCUUUGACUCUCGGCUAUCAUGGCUACCCUACUCACAGUCAGGGCUCUCAGGAUAGUUCUGGUGGCCAGGAGGGUCUUGUCCCCCCACCCUUCUCUGCAUUUCCCCCACCUCCACCGCCUCCACCCCAGAAUGGCCUAACCCUGGAGUAUGGGGGCAGCCUGUAUGCUGCAGGUGCUGUGCAGGGCCCUGUGGAGGCCGGGAGUGCAGCCAACACAUCCGCCAAUGCGCCUAACAGCCUCGUUACCCAGCAGUCAGACGGGUCCUCCCACAUUGAUGGGCAAUCAGGAGUUGGUUCGGGAGGAGGAGGUGGGGGCAAUACUGGGGAAGACUCAGAUGGCAAGGGGACCCCUAAACGCCUGCACGUGUCCAAUAUUCCCUUCCGCUUCAGAGAUCCUGACCUCAGGCAGAUGUUUGGGCAAUAUGGGAAAAUACUCGACGUUGAGAUCAUUUUCAACGAGAGAGGAUCCAAGGGCUUUGGUUUUGUAACCUUUGAAACCAGCGCGGAUGCAGAGAGAGCCCGAGAAAAGCUUCACGGUACCCUGGUGGAGGGACGUAAAAUAGAGGUCAACAAUGCCACAGCCCGAGUGAUGACCAACAAGAAAGUGACCACCCCGUACUCUAAUGGAGAGGGGCUUGCAGCACUGCCAUACGGCAAUGCACUAUCUGGAUGGAAGUUGAGUCCCAUGGUGGGAGCCAUGUACAGUCCUGAGCUCUAUACAGUACCAGGAUUUCCAUACCCAGCUGCAGCUGCUUCCACCGCAGCGACCUUUCGGGGCGCUCAUCUCAGGGGUCGUGGUCGGACUGUGUACAGUGCUGUGCGGGCAGCUGUGCCCCAGCCUGCCAUCCCUACUUACCCUGGUGUGAUGGCCUAUCAGGAUGGUUUUUACGGGGCAGCUGAUCUCUAUGGUGGCUAUGCAGCGUAUCGUUACGCCCAGCCAACUGCUGUAGCAACUCCCACAGCAGCAGCGGCAGCUGCAGCAGCAGCUUAUAGUGACAGCUAUGGGCGGGUUUUUACGGCAGACCCCUAUCAUGCUGCACUAGCCCCAGCUGCCUAUGGUGUUGGAGCCAUGGCAACACUGUACAGGGGAGGCUACAGUAGAUUUGCUCCCUAUUGAAAGACAGUACAUUUCCCAGGAGCCUCUCUCCUCUAUUGAAAUACUCUGAAAGAGCUCCCUCUGUUGUCCCAGAGGUGGACUGCACCCUGUUUACAGAGUGCGGAGUCUACUGUAACAAUAUUUUAAAACCCACCUCAAUGCAGUCCCAAAUUUUCUGAUAUACGCUACUAUAGAAAUAAAGGAAUGCUGUAUUACAGACUGACAGAUUGCCUUGAUGUAAAAGAAAAAAAAUUGAUUUAAACCGGCCCCCUAUUCUAUUGCACGGCUGUAAACCCCCCCACCCCACCCCCGCCCGCCCCCAACAUUCAGCAGCAGAAGACACGGAUGGAGCCUAGAUGUUCUUCCAGACGUUGUCGCUAGUGCAUGGAUACAUGACGUUUUAUAAAAGCUGACACACAAUGUAAAAGAAUUAGCAACGUGGUCGCCUGACACACAACCCGUAAGGAGGAAUGGAGGGAAACAACAAACCCAGUAACUGAACUCAUAAUUUUUCCGUCAAAAAUAACUUUGAGGGAGCAAGCAGGGAAAAAGCACAUCAAAAGAGCACCAAAACCAUUUCCAACCGGAGGAGGACUUGUCGAUGAAAUGAUCAACUACACUCGGUGGAUUUUUUUUUUUUUUUUAACAGUUUCCCCAUAGGUGGGCGGAGGAUGACAGAGGAAGGAUUCCUACUCUCGCCGCGUUUCCGAUACAGGGAGCCUAAACACGGCGCCUUGAAAACGUCAUUUGAUGAUUUAUAGCAGUCAAGAAAUUCCCUAAACGAAAGCCGAAGGAGGGAUGGUUUAUUAGAGUUUUACCGUACCUCAAGUUUCUCAGUAUGUUAACAUAGUGAACCUUUAAACCUAAAUUGUUACAAUAUGCAAAGAAAAUAGUUUAGAGAAAAAAGUUACCAAAUUUAUUGUUACUAUUAUUAUUAUUAUUAUCAUCAUACCAUCGUUCUGUGUGAUUGACCUAAGCACCAAUUGUGGGUCUCCGUGGGUCUUGGGGCAAAGACAUUUAGAUUCUACUUCCAUGGAAAUGAUGGGACCGUACGGUGAUUGGGACAAAAUAGACGCCUCCAUCGAUCAUGUUGUUGCGCUUGACGUCGCUUAAGUUGCAGUACAGAUCUGCUCCUCGCUCCCGUGUCCAAGAUGUCACUACAGCUCUCGUGUGCCCACCGUUGAACACUACAGCACGAGACCCUUUUUUUUUUCCCGCUCCACAGGUUUUCUUGUUAGGCUUCUAUAGUCAUAUCACCGGCAACCACGAAAGCCAUUAACCAGGACACUGGGGCUCAAGAGUUCAUCGUUGUACCUUCUAACAUUUAAUGUAGAGACUUGACAUUUGGUUAAGCCGAAUGCCUCCAUCUUUUGUAGUGCAACAUUAAAAUGUGUCUUCCUGAAAAUAGUUAAGUUGAUUAUAGUCGAGAUGCUAUCAGCAGCUAUACGAGAGAGAAUCCUCGAGUAAUUCAAAAGAAAAUCUUGUAAAUGCAAAAUACAUACAUACAUACAUACAUACAGUGCAUAUUUCUAUAUCCUUAUACUCUAUUUCCAAAUGUGGUUAUUUUUGCUUUUUUUUGUUAUUGUUUUGGUUCCAAAGAUUUGUAGAAAGCCUGUUUGCUGCUUGUGUAUAAAUAUAUUAUCUUUGUUUAGUUAUGAUUAUGAUCCUCGAAAUCCAGUUGCUGUUUUGUUACUUUAAUUCAUGUUCUACUUUUCAAUCUGUAUAAGUCUCUUUUUUUAAUGCUAGAGUAAGGUGCAAGUUUGAUGAUAUUUUUUAAUAUUUUUUCCCCCCAUCACGCUUUCCGUCCCCCCUGAGUGAUAUUCCUAAUCUGCAUGUGGGAUACCGCGUUGUUACACACCGUGUACAGGAACGAGAAAUGCUUUUGACACUACAACCACCAGACUUUAAAUAUCCAGGCAGUUUGUUUUUUUUUUAUUUUGCAUUUCCACCCCUGUUGUGACGAUGGCUCCCUAGCAUGACGUGUUGUAUUCUCCACAAUCUGCAGAAAUGGCAACAAACAAAAACAGUCCUACGUUGUUCUUCAUGUCCCUGAUUUACAGAUAAUUAAGUCUUUGGAAGGGAUGAGCACAGGUUAUAGCCAGUCCCUGUCAUCUUUUCUCUCUUUUUUAAAAAAAAAAUUUUUUUUUGUUCUUCCUGUUUUAUUUUAAAGAAACUUCUAACAUUUCAAUGCAAAUAACUUUUUUUGGUUUGGUCCCUCGUGGCCACUUAAAAGGUUUGUUUGAUACAUAUAUAUACAGUAAUAUGUCUGAAAGUAUUAUCACUCCAAUCAUGAUUAAUAUUUCAAUAUGGUUAGAUGGAUUAUGAGCUAAGUAAGUACCAGGAAACAGGAUUGAGAGAUGCUGCGAAGUUGUUUUCUGUCGUUUUAGAGGAUGCUCUGCUCAUCACCGUGUGUGUUUACCACUCCUCGCAGAUAAGACGGCUAUAGGAGUCCAAGCGUUCUUCAUUAUUUUUGUGUGCUGCUGUCGUGUUUUGUUUAAAUCAUUACUUUGAUUGACUUUUAAUAUAUCCAUAUUACUGUAGAAUGUGCUCUGAGACAUGAAAAGAAGAAAAAAAAAUUAUGAAAAUGAGCCAAAUGUGGUUAUUAUUAUUUUUCCCCCUCUCGUGCUCUCCAGUCCCCAGCUUGAGAAGUGCAGCAUAAAAUAUAUUUAAAAAAGAAAAAAAGGUGGACUUUUUAUAGCCAUGGACGGCAUGGACAAACCAGCAUGAGUGAGACAUGUCCGAUUUUAAAACUUGUUUUGCAUGACCGUGUCUUUUUGGAUUUGACUUUUAACGCUUCACCACUACAUCCCGUCGAGCUGGCCGCGCGGAGGCCGCGUCCAGAAGGCAAGCUAAUGUUAUGACGAGCACAGCGCUGAUUGGCUGACGGGCCCGCUGACUGACGAAUGGGCCGACCCGGAAGAACGCGGGGGGGAGGGAGGGGGGGCAAAUUCAGCUUUCUGUCCUGGUUUUACUUACUGUAUUAUAUUAGCUACUAUGUGGUCGUUCUUUAUCAUCGCUCUGGUUUCCAGUUACCCCCCGGCCAUGUCUGUACCCCUUUACUGCCAUUAUCUUUUUUUGUUUUUGUUUUGUUAUUGAAU